AGGGAGGGCGUCUUUCCUGCUAGAGUCUAUUGGCUGCUCUUCUGUGGCCCUCUCACUCAGUGUCCCUCAGGCUCAGCAAGCGGGUUAAGGAAGGCGAAGGACUGGAGAUUAAACGAGGCCUCCCAUAGCACCUGCAGCAUCAGGGUCCAUCCCUCCUGGGUGAAUUGAUCUGUGGGGUUAGCAGUGUCCUCCUAUAAACCAGCCAUCAAGGGAGUCUAGGUGCCCCCUAAUAGGUGCUGUAACAGCCGAGUCUGGGUGCUGUUAGGGCCCCUCAGAGAACUCUGCUGAGCCAUGUUACAGGACUCUCUUAAAGAUCCCCGCACCGUAAACUCCCAGGAGAACACCCAGCUGCGUCAGAACCAGCUCCGCUAAACAGAGCAUGUGGCAUUUGCAGGACUAGCCACCGAGGCUGAGAUUACAGAUAAAGCGAUAGAAGCUGCAAAGCCUCCGAACGCAAGAACCGUGGCAUCAAAGCCGACGUGAGAGGCGGAGGGGGCAUGAAGGAGAAGACGCUGGAAUGUGGCCAGAUUGUGUGGGGGCUGGCCUUCAGCUCCUGGCCUCCGUAUGGCGCGAAGGAGCGGGACGGCCUGCCGGCUCCGGGUCGACCGUGUCUGAUCCUUGCCACGGGACUCAAUGACGGGCAGAUUAAAGUCUGGGAGGUGCAAACAGGGCGCUUGCUUUUCAGUCUCUCCGGGCACCUGGAUGUCGUGAGGGACCUGAGCUUUGCUCCCAAUGGAAGUCUGAUUCUAGUCUCUGCAUCCCGGGACAAGACCGUCCGCGUCUGGGACCUGAGCAGAGAUGGUAAGCAGGUCCGGGUGCUGUCUGGCCACACGCAGUGGGUGUACUGCUGCUCCAUCUCCCCUGACUGCAGCAUGCUCUGCUCUGCGGCUGGAGAGAAAUCGGCCUUCCUGUGGAGCAUGCGUUCCUACACCCUCAUCAGGAAGCUGGAAGGGCACCAGAGCAGCGUGGUGUCAUGCGACUUCUCCCCCGACUCUGCUCUGCUGGUCACCGCCUCCUACGACACUUGUGUGAUCAUGUGGGACCCCUACACAGGGGAGCAGCUGAGAACGCUUCGCCACGUGCCGCUGCCCCCAGCAUUGGACUAUGGCAGUGACAUCCAUGCCAGCUCCCUGAGGUCCGUGUGCUUCUCUCCAGAAGGCUUGUAUCUUGCUACAGUGGCAGACGACAGACUCCUGAGGAUCUGGGAUUUGGAACUAAGAACUCCAGUGGCAUUUGCACCCAUGACCAAUGGCUUGUGCUGUGUUUACUUCCCACAUGGCGGGUUUAUUGCCACAGGGACGAGAGAUGGCCACGUCCAGUUCUGGAGUGCCCCCAAGGUCCUCUCAUCACUUAAGCACUUGUGUCGUAAAGCUCUCCGCACCUUCCUAACAACGUACCAGGUGCUAGCACUACCCAUUCCCAAGAAAAUGAAAGAGUUCCUCACCUAUAGGACCUUUUAAACCUUGUCGUACAUGGGGUCCAAAGAAACCUGGAGCUGGCUGGCUUCCUUCCUUCCGAGCUUUGUUCUGGAACGGGGGAGCAGCUGGGGUUAUAAAAUGGUCACGAAGACCCACUACGCUCUACGGUUCUAGUGCAAGAAGGAUUUCUGUUCCUCUGUUUGGGGCGUAUCUUUGACCAUGUAGGUUAUUUUAAUAAGAGAACCCAGCAAAAACAUGCAGUGGGCUAGUUGUUUGAGCUUUGAAUUUGUUAGAACUCAAUUCUCAGACAAGGAGGGGCAAGAGUUCUGUGCAAGUGAUCCAUCCAUUCAAGUGAUGGCUGUGCAGGGCGUUGGAUUCGGAAGGGCCCUGCCAACAGCAACGCAAGUUUUAAUUCUCUCUCGGUGCUUUCACUUCAAGUGCAAUUGCUGAACAUUUGUGUGUUAAAAGCUAGAGGGCUCUGAGAAGCUGCCUUCACUGGUAUCGCAAUCCAAACUCAAACCGGCACUUUCAUGAAUGAGAAACUGUGUCCCCUAGUUGAAUUACUAAAUGAGGGAGUGGCUUUCAUGUCUUACUUUCUUUGGCCUGGUUCCAAGACAGAUGAACCUGAACAAGUCUCUGUGUUGUGGGCAAAGACUUCAAAAUAAAAGGUUUGUUUCCCCCUUUUGAAGAGUUAAAGAUGCUCUUCCUAGAGCCAUUUUUUGGGUGACAAAAGUACAUGGCCCUGAGGGAGACCCAAAUGUUCAGUCGCAGGGGCCUGGUGUGGAGUGAAAGAUCCCCUUAAUACUAGUGUGGCUGCCAGUCUGAAAUUGGCCUGAUCAGCCCACUUGUGGUUUGGUUAUGUGGUAUAAGGCAUAAGUGCCUCCUGUGUGUGUGUAAUGGAAAGAUGAACACCUUAAGGACAGUGACGGGGGGAUAGGGGGGUGCUCUGCACCAAGCCAGCUGCUGGUCUGGUUUUGUGAAAAUGAUUUCAACUUUGGGCAGCUUUUUAUUUGUAUCCCCAUGGCAUACACUAAUUGUGGCAGAGCCUGGCUAGUUGGCAUUAUGGGGGAGGCCAAGCAUGAACUUAUGAAUUUUGCAAAUGUGUGUGUGUCGGGGAGGGGCAGAUUUAAUAACAACCAAUAACUACCAGAGCUGAUUUGUUCACUUACUUUGAAAAGUCUCAUUGUUGAAUUAUCCAAUGUACUAUCCUCAUAAAUGUUCUGUGGCCUUGUUUUUAAGAAUGAUGAAUUCUUGGCACUAUGGUAACUUCUUACACUUGGAAGAGAGACAGCAGCUGACAGGGCUCUACUGUCCUGUUCUUGUGCUUCUUGCUCACUUUCUCUCCAGCCAAAGUACAGCUUUUUGGAGUCUAAUUUCCAGGGAGUUUCCCAGGCAGGGCUAAUGACUCAUGUACUGUAUCAAAGAGCAUGAAGCCAUUUCUCAUGCACCUGUUUCAUUUGGGCUAGUUUCUGGCAGCAGUAACAGCAUAUGCUUCAUCAUAAUUGCUCCAUUCCCCCUUUUUAUAACUACCCCACGUAUAUACUGCCAUGCAACUGGAAGGGCUGUAAGCUACUUCAGAAUGCUUGGCCAUGACUGACAGGACAGGCUAAUAACUUCCCCUUGAAAUGAGGUGGGAGACUUUUUCCCCUUUUUAGAAAAAUUAAAUCACCUAUAAUUUGGAAUCUAGCCCAAAGAGACUAAGCUUUUAAUAUCCCUAAAUCUUAAGUGCCAUUGGACUUUCUCUUAAGGAGCACAAGUGACAGUAUGGGUUGGUUGGAAGAUAGCUGUCCACACCAUGCUGCUGUAAUAGCACUUUCCCCUUUGUUUUACUAUCUUUGAGUGGCACACCUCAGAUUGGGUGAAGCUAGGUCUGAUCCAGCAAACCUAAAACCAACAUGUUCAAGUUCUGAACGAGAACUCGCUCAAAGAUCACACUAGCAAAAGACUACGGUGCCCUUUCUCUAAUGCUGGGAGCAAGGGUAGUGGGGAGAGGGAGUGUUGUCCCUUUAAACUAGCAUUUUCUUGAGGAUAGAUCUUGGCCAGCAACUCUGAGUCCCAUAUGUUGGGACUCUUGUUAUACCUCAGUAUCACAGCUGACCACCCCAGCAGCACAAUGGGUACAUGGAGCAUCGCUCUCUAAGCUAGUAGAAUGACUGGACCCUCUCACUCACAGCUCUUCAAUUGGGUAUUUCUUCUGCAUUGUACGUAAAGAGCACACUGGGACACAGAUGGGCCCAGACGAGCAUCCUGAUUGAUGAAGAUGGUUUUAAUUUUUACUUGACCAUGAUCUGUAGUAUUGCCAUCAUGUACACAAGAGCCUGAGAUGUUUUUACAAACUUCAAGAGGCAAAAUAAAUGUUUUUUCCCUUUCAUACA